GGCUCCGCCUCUUCAGACACCUUGAAACCAAGACGACAACACGGACUGUGUUUACCUGCCCAAGUAAAAUGCUGUUUUCCAGCCGGAGGAAGCUGACGAGCGCGGCGCAGGCUGUCCUUUGGCUUUAGUUUGCGAAAAGGGGGCGACAUGAAAAAAUACCUGAGUCCCACGAAACAGCAGCAGCAUCCGCCUCCGCCACCACCGCCUGACGUCCCGGCUCCAGGCAGCGAGGUGACCGUCCAACAACUCAACCAGCUUCUGUCUGACGGCAGCGGCUUCUACAAACUCCCGACGCAUCACUUCAAUGAGGUUUUCCCCAGAAUUUACAUCGGCAACGCGUUUGUAGCUCAGAACACGAUGCGUCUGCAGAAACUCGGGGUGACGCACGUCCUCAACGUGGCAGAAGGCACCUCCUUCAUGCACGUCAACACCAGCGCUGAGUUUUACGCCGGAACGGGCAUCACGUACCACGGCAUUCAGGCCAACGACACCGAGCAUUUCAGCCUCAGUGCCUUCUUUGAGGAGGGGGCCGAGUUCAUCGACAAAGCACUCGCACACAACGGAGGCAAAGGGAAAGUGUAUGUUCACUGCAGAGAAGGCUACAGCCGCUCCCCCACCAUGGUGGUGGCCUACCUGAUGCUGCGUCACGGACUUGAUGCCCGACAGGCGCUCGCCACAGUCAGACAUAAAAGAGAGAUUGCCCCGAACGACGGCUUCCUGCGCCAGCUCUGCCAGCUCAACGAGAGGCUGGCGAAGGAGGGCAAGCUGAACGGAGAGCUGGGCAAGACGAAGAGCAAAUGAGAGGGAGGACCUCCUGCCCUGGCUUCAGCUGCUCUGACCAAACCAGCACUCAUUCUGCACAUCCGGGGGGGUUCAGAAACAUCCACGCAGAGAAAGAUCCUCCAAACAUGUUUUAGUCUGCAUCUGCCACUCUUCUUCAGAAAUCUGCCCAGAACACAAACCAAACUGGUCCCAGAACUCUUUCAUGGUAGAUUUUGCUGCUCGUCUUUACCGUGACCUCUGGAUCCGUGGCGUUCAGAGCUACUCCAAGCAUUCCUUCAGUCUCCACAAACAAAAAGCCCGGAUUUUGUCAAAGAAGUCCUCACAAAUUUCUAUAAAAACGGAAGAUAAUAGCACAAUCAUUCCAAAGUUGUCCACUGCCUGAACGUCAGUGAUGGCUCUGCCUAAAGAAGUGCUCCGUAAAUUCCAAGAGAAGGCCUAACAUUCCAUUCAAACGGAAAAAAUGCUUCAAACACUAAAUUCUUAAAAUCCUGCCUGAUGGCUCAGAUGUUUCAUGCACACAGAAAGCUGAAUCUUUGGAUCCAAACCUGAGCUGUAGAUCUGUGUGCAGCUUCUCUUCUAGUCUCCAGUGUUUAAGCAGUGGCUUUAUUAACUACUCUAAUGCUGGUUCAGUUGAAGGAGUCAUGAUACGUUCACACCGGGCUCGGCAACGCGUGUUGAUGUGACCACUUCCUGUGAGAAAUCUAUGUAAAUGGGCAUUUUGGACUUCUCGCAUUCAAAACUCUCACAUUUGUGCCACUUUUAAAGUCUGUUUUGGGGCUCUAUGGCCAUUGAACGCAUGUUGAAAGUUAACCAGUUGAACACUGACCAAUCAGGUACCAGGACGUAUGGAUGACAUAGCUUUUCAUUCACAACCGUUCGAAAAUUGAUCUCACAGGAGAAAUUUGUAAAUGCGAUUUGAGUUCGACUAAAAUUGUAUGACAGCAAAUCAAUAACCCUGCAGCAAAAUUUCCCAGAUUUGCACCGCUUUGACAUUUGGCACCAUGUCUCGUCCAUCUGUAGGUUUCAGAGGUAUCACCUCCAUCCUUGCUACCCCUCACUGGCUGAAUUUUAGAGUUCAUUUUAAGAUUCUUUCAUUUGUUUUUAAAUCAUUAAAUAGUUGUGGACCGUAGUACCUCUUUGAGUUUCUCACACCCCUACUGGUGCCUCAGGUCGACUGAUCAGCUUCUGCUGACGGCACCGAGGCCCAGGAGGAAGCUCAGAGGUGAAUGGGCAUUUUCAAUCAGUGCAUUGAAGCUGUGGAGCAUUUGGCGGACAUCUUCACUGUCCAUUUUUCAAAAAACGUCUUAAAUCUAAUUUUUAUCGCCAGGCUAUUGACACGGCAUGAGACUCUGCUAGAGGCUACUACUGUUUAGCUUUCUUUUUAUCUAAUAUUUUUAUGUCACUUAUUUUUACUUUUACCUUUAAUUGCUUUAACCUUGUAGCUUUUGUAUUUAUUGAUAGCUUUUAAUGUACGGUGCCUUGUUUGACUGUGGUCAUUUUAAGAUGCCAUAUAAAUUUAUAAACUUAAAGACGUGGUAGUAAACAGUAGAAAAAAGAAGGUGACGCCGCACCCAGUGCGUUCAAUAAUGCACGUUUAGCGCGUUCUUGAACGUGCAUCACAUGCCCGGUGUGAACGUAGCAUAAGCCUGAUUUAGAUGAAGGUGAAGAUCUUCUUUACAGCAGUCAGACCAGGAUAGUUCAUUAUUAUCAGUCAGAUAGGCCGGAGAAUGUUGAGGAACAAUCAUUUCCAGUUCGAAACGGUCUGCUGUUUUUGUAAAAGUCUGUUUGAACCAAAAGCUCCUCAAAUUUUUGUUUAUGGCAACAUCACUGAUGAUAUGUCCUCUUGCAGAUGGAGACGUCAUACAUAACCAGUAUUUUCAUUUAAACUAUGACGUUUAUCUCAAUUUCAAUAUAGAAUCAAUUGGUGAAAGAUCUUAAUCAAGGACUCCGACUUCUGUAACUCUUCAACUGUUUCAACUGCAGUUAACUCAGCUGAGAAAAGCAGCUUUGCACCAAAAUGCAACACUUUAUAGUUGUUAAGUUCUUAUGCAAUCCAAGUAAAUCUUCUGAUUCUCUCACGGAGAAAAGCCGCUUUCCACUUUGUGUGAAAGCGGCUUUGAUCGCGUAAACAGUUUCAGAGUUAUGGUUUGUCAAAGAGUGUGUAAUUUAGAAGAGUCUGGUGUUAAAGGUUUAGAAGAACUUCAAUCAAAAAUAAGUUUGCCAAUAACACCACUAAUACUGAUAACCAUGGUGGUGAUCAAUUCCUUCUUGCAAUACUGGAAGCAGAAUGCCAAACAUUUGACUGGAUCAGUCCUUUUUGCGACAUUUGUGCAUGAAUUGAAACCAAUUCAGCUGGAAAGCGACUUCUGACCUUUUGAUUAACCCUUUAACACCGGAGAUGUCUCAGUGACAACUAAAUUACAAACUUUCUUUGACAUACCAUAACUCUUUAACCUGAAUAAGGUGAGAAAAGCGGCUUUGCACCGAUAUGUAAUUGGGUAAACGGUUGAAGAGUUAACAGUAGUCAAAAGAAUGUCAUCACUGGAGCUCUGGUGUUAAAGGGACAAAGUCUUAGAUUCCAAAGUAGCUGAUGGUACUUCUGUUGUUGUCCUAGUUUGUGUCCAAAUUAAAGGACUAUAAGAAGAAAUAGGUAAAAUAUGCUUCAUGUUUUGGUUAUAAACAGGUUAUAAUUCCUUAGUAAAAGUUGAAACAAAAAAAAAUCAGCUGAAAUAAAUAAAAUACAAACAUUUCUGUAACAAUUUUAAUUUUAGACAGAAGAUAUGAGUUUUUUUCAGAACUUAUGACAGGAAAGAACAAAACUUAAAUAGGUGAAUUUUCAAAUUAAAGGCCUUUAGCAUCACCUGUUGACAGUGAGAUAGUGGGUGGGGUCUCAGCCAACAGAAAGUCCCAGCCACGGCGCCGGAGAGUCGUCCACUGCCAGAACCCCGACACCGCCCUUUGGCUGGGACCUAACCCCACAUCAACGGACGCACAACAUGUCUGUAGAAGCAUGCGUCAAACACACGUUCACACCCCGUCAAACACUCCAAAUGUAAUCUCAUUUAACCAAGCUGUGCUCCACACAAAAAGCAGCUUCUGCUCCGUUUUAGUGACAUUGGCUUCUUACUGUAAACCAACUGGGAGGAAAAGUGAUUCCUGGUUUUAGCCGGACGCCUUCCUGGCUUUACUCUACAUGCCAGUUCACAGUUGAAGGCAUGUUGCUAUAAUCUGGAGGAAGAGGACAAACAAUAAUCUCCUUAACACUGUCUUUUCCUCUUUGAUAUAUAUCUGUAUACAUUUGAGUACAUAUAUAUAUAUAUAAACAUAAACUGUACAUAAAUAUUUUCGUGUUGACAUAUAUGAAUGUACGAGCAAUGUGUCUUUAACUUGUAGGUGUUGUUGGUAUGUCCUCCGAUGUAUUUGCUUUCCACAUAAACUACAUGUACAUUAAUAUUCAGAUAUGAUGUGCAUGUGAGCUGUUCUGUGUAGAGUUCAAUUAUGAUUGACGUGUUGUUUGGUUGAUCUUUUAUUUUUUUUUAUGAUCAUCAUCUGUACCUUUCACUGUGUUUUCCUUGUAUUUUGAGUUCUCGUCAUGAGGUGGAUGCAGGUGGCAGCAUGUGGAGGUCUAUUUCUGAGCCACUCAGUCCAUCUUUUGCCUCCGUUUUACUUACGAGGUUUAGUCACUCUACAGUUAAAUGUUGCGUCUCCAAGCUGAAAUCCUCCUUUUAACCAAUGUUUACUAACUUGUGUUUACUUAGCAUCUCCAGCUGAACUGGUUUCUGUAAAUUUGUUGAUCAAUAGUUCAACCAAACGGGCCAAAAGGAAAAACCUUUGACUUCCGGAUUGAAGCACAUUUAAAAAUGAAGGUAAAUAUGAUUUUUUGGGUCAACCACUUGGGGGCGUGUUCCACAGCAGGGUCACAGCCUGUUCUUUUUUUUUUGCUUUUACAUCCACAGUGGUCCCUCGUUUAUCAAAAUGUUCUUAAAAAGAAACCUGCGAUAAACAAAAUUCGUGAAUUCGGAUUUUAAACGUUUUAAGGCUGUAAAACUCCUCACUAAACACAAACAUUUUCUUACUUUUGUAUCUUGUUUAAACUCUUUAAGUUCAAGCCUUCGAAUGAAAAAUAUCUGCUUGUGAUCGAAGAGUUGAACACAUUUGAGAGAUUGCUUGGCAAAUUCAACGGCCAAUCAGAAUGCAGAAUACUCUAAUAUAGCGAGGGACCACUGUAUUUGGUGCAAUCUGUCUCAUUUUUUUCAUUAAUCUAAGAAGUUUCCUGAAAUCAAAUGAAUUGAUUGGGAGCCAUGUAAGAUAAAACAGGACAGUUGUUUUAUUUUCUAAUGGGGUAUUGAACCAGAGCAUAACUGCCUCUGUAAUGUCUCUGUGCACACAGACUUGUCACACUCUGCCAUCUGAAAGGAAAGUGUGAGUGUGAAAACUUGUAAACUUUUUUAAUUUAAAAAAUUGCAUUCCACUGAACUGCCCCGCCCCCUCCAGACACACCUGCAGAGGUGAGGCCAUCACUUCUGCUCUGCCAAAUCCAUUUCAUGGAGAAGCUGCCACCAACACACACAGUGCAUCUUUUAAAGUUUCACUAAACAGGCCACACCCCCUUUCAUCGUGGAUUUCUGCCACUAUAAAAGUGGUGGAAGCACAGGUUCUUUUAUCCGUUGAACAAACACUGCCACCUGCUGUUCAGGCUGUGGGUUGCACCCCCUCCUCAUGUUGUGUUUUGAGUUUCCCCCACAUGUGGACGUAACCUCAGUGUCUGUUUGUUUCAAAUGUACCAGCAUCCUUUGUGGCUUUUCCCAGUAUAUUCCGUAUUAUUGAAUGUAAAUCGCCAUUCUCCUAUAUUGUUCUAUAUGCUGAUUAUGUAACACUAAUGCAAUGUGAACUGCUGCUGAGCUGGAGCUCUUGACUUUUCUCUGAAAUGUUCUUGAAAGUUCUCGUACCUGCUUCUCUCAGCCCCGUCUUUAUGUUGUGGUUUUUGGGUUUUUUUGUGGAUGACGCACCGUUUUGUGUGUAAUUGUAUUCAGACCUGGGUCAGAUUGUAAUUGUAGCUUCCUCUAAGUGCGGAGGAUGAUUGGUAAUUUAAUCAGAACCAAGUGGUUGUGUUUAUUUUCUACCAAGAGAGGACAUAAAAUUGACUUUUGAAUCAUUUCCUGUGGUUUUCACUCAAACUGGUAACCAUCUGUCCAGCAGAAGUUGGGAUUCUUAUCCCUCCGUGACGGACAGCAGAUGUCCUCCCAUCUGGAUCUACUUUAAAUUUGUGCAGAAUUAGGUACAAGUACGGUGUGGCCCAGGUGAGGUGCUGCCCCCCCUACAGCUGCCGUCCUCCCCUCGCCUGCGUUCUCAUCAGUGGGGAGUUUUAGCACAAAAUGAGCCCACUGCCUCGCCACUCUGAAGUCCUCCACGUCCAUCUCGUUUGUGUCCAAGAUGUGGCGGAGCUCUUUGUUGUGAUUGGCCGUAACUGCAUCUGCAUCGUUCCUGACACGAAGGAAACCCUCCACCCAAAGCCUUACAGUGAGAAGCUUUUGAGUUGGUGUAUCUCACAUCAGAUUGUUGGAAGGGGCCGAUUCCUUUCAGAGCGAGACGAUGUUGAAGUGCACUUGAUUUUAAACUGCAUUGUUAUUUUUCCUACCUUGGAGAAGUCUCUUCUUUCUUAUGCUUAAGAAAUAAACGGCUGAAGUAUCAUCAA